AUGGCCAUGGAGAAUGCCACAGGAGGAAAGAAAACAAUCCUUCCGUUUCGGUACUUGAUGGCCGUAAUGGGAUCGAUCGGAUUCGCCAUUCUUUAUGGCUUUAAAGUCAAUGCCAGCGUGGCUAUCGUCGCUAUGGUGAAUCAUACAGCUCUUAAAUCGCACAUCAAAUUAUCCACGUUGAAUGACUCCAAAACUGACAAUACCACGCUAACGAGCACGAAUAUUUGCCAGUUUGACGAUACCUCAAACGUCAUGAUUGAAAGCGAGGACGGUCCAUUCGUGUGGAAUGAACUUAUCCAGGGUCUCAUUCUAUCUUCCUAUUUUUGGGGCUAUACGGUGUCCAUGUUGCCGGGUGGAAGAUUGGCAGAACUCUGGUCGGCCAAGUGGUUGAUGAACGGAUCGGUUCUACUGAAUCUAAUUGCGUGCAUCCUGACGCCGAUCGCUGCGCGUAUUCACUACUGGCUUUUCAUAGCUAUGAGAUUUCUUCAGGGAUUCGGCGGUGGUGUAUCGUUUCCCGCUAUGCACGUGAUGGUUGCCAAGUGGGCGCCGCCGAAUGAAAGAAGCAUCAUCGCCUCGAUCGUGUAUGCAGGGACGGCACUUGGCACCGUGAUUUCUAUCUUGCUAACUGGCUUGCUGGCCGCGAACUUCGGUUGGGAGUCCAUCUUCUACAUUGAAGGCGUACUUUGUCUAAUCUGGUGCACCGUUUGGUGGCUGAUGGUAGCGGAUUCUCCGGAAGAACAAACGAGAUUCAUCACCAAAGAGGAGAAGAAUUAUAUCUUCACGUCUUUGGGAGGACACAAGAAAAAUAUUCCUAAAGCGGUACCAUGGUUACAAGUAUUCCGUUCCAAACCAUUCAUGGCGAUUCUGAUCGCUCAUUUCUGUAGCAACUUCGGCUGGUACAUGCUGCUCACCGAACUGCCCACCUUUAUGAAUCAGAUUUUGAAGUUUGACAUGAGCUCGAACGCAGGUUUAUCGUCCAUUCCAUUUUUGUGCAUGUGGCUCUUCACCAUGAUUCUCAGUAAUGUGCUAACUAUUCUGCAAAAGAGAAGUCUCAUCACAGUGACUGUAUCUAGAAAAAUCGGCACUCUUUUUGCAUCGCUCGUACCCAUGUUGUGUUUAAUACAAGUAUCAUAUGUCGGGUGCGAUCGUACGAAAACAGUCGUGCUGAUGACAAUCGCGGUAACUUGCAUUGGCGGAAUGUAUUCUGGUUUUCUGGCAAAUCACAUAGACAUCGCACCGAACUUUGCCGGUAGCCUGAUGGCAGUAACGAAUUUCUUCGCCACCAUACCCGGUUUUGUCGUGCCGGUAUUCGUAGGACAAUUGACUCACGGAAACCAAACCAUAGAGGCGUGGAGGAUCAUCUUCCUCGUAACAAUCAUUCUAUAUGUAAUCGAGAUAUUGGUUUACACUAUCUUUGGGAGCGGCAACGAACAACCAUGGAACCAGAUUGAAGUACCUGAUGAGGAAGCAAACGAUCCGUCACUACCUUUAAGGAGGAACAAUACAAAAUAGAAAAUAUAUCAUGACUUAAUUAUUGACUAUACUAUGAUUAAUUAUUCAUCAUAAACAGUUUUGUAUGUAUUUUAUAUUCUGUGCAUCCUUGUCGCGGUAGAAUAAUUUUAUUAAUAUUUUACAGUUUUACAAUUUCAUAAGAUUAUAAAAAGAAGUUUAUCAAGAUGUUUAAUAGGUUUAUUUUGUUAUGUAUAAAAUAUAUAUUAUUUAUUAUAUAAUAAUUAAUUGAUAAAUAUAUUUAUUUAUUAUAUAACAA